GCCGAAUUUAUUAUCUAUUUAUGAGGAGGAACUGCAAGGUUUUGUAAGUUGCGCACAGUGGGCAGCGAACUCUAGGGUUCCACGGAAUGGCCUUCUCUUGCUCACCCUGCAAACUCCCAAUAAUAGUCCCUAAUCUCCGAAGAAAUUAUGCAAUUCAAAGACCCACAAUGCCGAAAACUUCAAUUUCAAAAACCCCCAAUUUCAAAAUUACACAAUUUUCAGUUUCUACUCCAUCUAAUGUUAUUACUGAUACUUUCAUUCAGACAGCUAAGCAUAGCUCAAAUUUGAAUUCUCCAGAUGAAUUGGAUAUAGAAGCUCCCUCUAAUGUCAUAGUCUUCAUCAAAGGGCUGGCACAAUCGACUUCAGAGGGAGGCUUGAAGGCGGCCUUUUCACGUUGUGGACAAGUCAGUCAAGUGAAAAUCUUUAGAGACAAGAAAACUAAGCUAUCUUUAGGAUCCGCAUUUGUCUGGUUUGUAGUUGAAGAGCAUGCACGAGCUGCUGUGGAUGAGAUGAAUGGAAAGUUUUUUGAGGGUAGAUUUAUACAUGUGUCGCUAGCAAAGCCUAAGUCUUGCAAAACUCGCCUGAAGCGAAGUCCAUACAAGUUCUAGCAAGCGUGGACUGAACAGAUCUCGUGCAUAACUAGAAAAGGUGCAUAUUAAAUCAGGUGAAGGUUGUACCUAUAAGCUAUGUGCUCCAUCAAUAUGUUGUGUUGCUCCUGAAAAACGAAAUCAGUAUAGUGUAAAGUAUCUGACCAGAUAUUGGCUAAAGAAUAAGAGAGUACAAAGUUUUAUUUUGAAAGAAACUAAUGCCAAUACUAAACACUUUUAUCCAAUUGUUAUUUUGUAAAUGUGUGGUCACAUGAACCCAUAGUUAUUCUGAUAGAGUAAUGCCAAAACUAGAUUUUUACUUUUUUGGGAAGUUUUUUUCAGUUUGGGUAUCGAAAGAUGGAUUUAUUAUAGAUCUAUCGAUUUGGGUUCCGAAAAAUAGUCGAUCAUCAAUUCGAGGCUUGAAAGAAUAAAUCUAUUGAUUCAAAUUAGAGAUAUCUGUAACUAUUGAUUUAAU